AUGCUUCCUCUCGUAACGACACAAACGAUUAGAGACCAUCCUUAUCAUGAUGCUAUUGAACGGUCAUCAGGUCGUAAGAACAGCAACAAUAUUAUCAUCUCGCCCGGUACUGUUCUCGUGACGUUGACAAGCAAUAAUGCCAAAGUUUCUUAUAAUUUUUCGACACGAAUAUUCGAUUACAAGAAAACAAC